AUGGUCUUCGGCCGUCGCAAGAGAAGUGCCUCUGCCCAUCACCAGCCGCUCUCCACACCUGCCGCGCAAUCCGCCCAGUCCGCCGCCAGCCAUGCUUUCCUAAAAUCACAAACCUCCACAGCUAGCUUGUCCUCCGCAGCGGCAGCAGCAGCGCUGCGUAACUGCACGCCCACCCCAACCCCCAUCGAAAAUGUGCAGACAAAACGCAUGGUCCAGCGGCGCAACUCGACUCAGUCACAGGCUAGCCCCCUUGGAGGUCGCCGCUCGGCCAGCGUGGGCGGGACGCUGCGCCGCUCCAGUAGCAAUGUUUCGAUGAGCGCACGCACCUUUCGCGACCAGUCCCCCAGUCGCCCAUCUACCAGUUCUGGACCCGUGGGGCCUGCUCCUGUACCCGUCGAUGUGCCGCCGUUGCCUUCUCUCCCGACCCAGUUUACACCGCGGAAACUGCCGAGCCGACGUGCGCUGAGCAUGGGGCCGUCGAUGCGUUCGCCUCCAUCGUCUCCGCCACGCGCGGGCGUGAGGGGCGUGGAUCGGGAACAUGGGCGAGGGUCUCCGAUUCAGCUAGCUACACAUCAACGCGUGACUAGUCUUGGAACUGUUCCUGAAUUGGACCGAUCAGCGAGUCGAAAUUCGGUGAAUUUCUCGUAUCCUCUGGGCUCACGGCCUACCUCGCCGAUUGCGAUGUCUGAGAAUAAUACGAUGAGCCUCCACAAUGCUAUUCAAGAAUCGAUUGCUGAGGUAUCUGACAAACAUCCAACGGGGAAGUAUAAGGCACAGCCCCCUGGCAGUCUAGAUGGGAGCCCUGUUGUAAACAAUUUUGAUCCUUUGGCUAGCAGCACAAUUGCUGCAGCCCAAGCGAUUGGCGUGCCAAAGGACAGCCCAAGUGUGAAUGGUCGGAUUAGAAAGGUGCAAAAUUCGCUUAUAGAGGCCGAUCCUCUAGACCAAUAUACCGGUAAUGCAAUGCCUGUUGCGGCCAGCGUGGAGAGUGAACAUCCAACCUCCCGAUCUCUUCCUGUGCGGUGGCCAUCCACCGUCCGAGAAGAAGAAGAGCCCCAAGAUGACGGCACGAAUGUUGGAGAUAACCCUAUUCGGCAAGGGAGAGACCGGAUGACGAGUGCGUCGCCAACUGCUGAUCACGUAGAGGCAGUGUCAGUCUCCUCAUCACCCUCGACGGAACUGCAAAUAGGGGAGCGGCCACACCGCCAGUCGAGCAGCCCAGGUCGAACUGCUCGUUUUUCAAGAUUGCUCUCCGUGGCUGGAGCCGGGGAUCAAGUCCACCAGCCUCCGCCCAGAUCAGUAUCUCCUGUCAAAUCGGCCUUAAAACACCCCAGAGGAACCUCUUUAUCACCUAAUAGGAGGGCUGAGGCAACCGGUCGAGUCCUACCACCAAGCGAAUUAUCAGAUGGUACCUCAGUGGCUUCAGAGGAAGGAUCCCGGGUUGAUGCCAAGAAGAAGUCUGUCAAGGUCAGUUUCGACGAUGAGGCAGAGGUUGUCAAUGCAGCGGCCAGCCCUCCUACCUCACCGGAAGAAUAUAUGCCUGAUUCACCACCCGGCAUUAAAGCCAAGUCUCGUAUGCCUUGGCUUGGUGUUGGCAAGAAGAAGUCGCCGGCGGAGUUUGCGAGCGAUGAUGACUGGGAUGUAGUCAUGAAACCCCGACAGGUUCUUCCAUCUUUCGGCAGCAUUCGAGGGAGCCGUGGCGGCGCUCUCAAGAGGUCGCCAAUCCCAGACUUCAGUGACAAUGAGUCUAGCUCUUCGACUGAAUCUGAUGUGGCGCCAAGGCCGGGUAUAUUGCUUUCAAAUGACCAAGUUCUCGAAAGUUUGGCCCCUAAGACGCAACAAGAUGAAUACUUCCACUCACGCGAUUUGAGCGCUCUGGAGCAACUGUCUGUCAACGGCACCUUGCAUAGUUUGAAUUCAGAUACUAGCACAGGGGCCAAACGAGCGUCUGGAGUCAUUAAUGACAUCACGGAGAAACAGCCGUAUCCCAGCGUGGGCUCAGGACUAUCGGUGCCUGCCAUUGCUGUUGAGCCUGCUACGCCUCCAGCAGACGGAACUAGUCAAAGGUUCGACAUGAAAAGAUCUAGCAUGGACCAGUAUAUGAUUCCAGGCGGAUUCCCGCCCUCCAGUUCAGACCGCACUCUCGAUUCGACAGCGAAGAAGACUAGCACACAGGCCGUGGCAACCGCCGUCCCCAAACUGGACGACGUGGAUGCAGAGGAGUCUUCUGGUGAUAGCAUCUACAGCGAUGCAGCGGAAGACAUCGACGGUGAUGGGUUUGGGUCCAUUAAUGCCAUUGUCGAUAGUCGGUCAGUCCCUAGGUCAGCACCAAUCGAGGAGAGCGCGAGCGAAUCCCGGGACGCAACGCCAAGGCCGAUCGAUAGAGCUACCAUUGUGGACAGUCAGUCACAAGACUUGACAAAUCAACCACUUCAAGAGGCGCGCUGCUUAACGCCGACACAAGACUCAGUCAACCGCCUGGUAGAGGAGUCCCCUGCCUCCUCAAUCGGCCAUGGAUCUGGUUCUGCACACGCGCCAGUGCCAGUCCGGGUGCAAACUCGUAACGCGACUGCCAAAAAUGGCAGCGUUCAAGCACAGCCCACCACGCGAACCCGCCCCAUGUCGGUGGAUGUGAAUGGUAUGUCUCGUAUGCAGGAUCCUCGAUGGUCGAGCAACGAUAAGUCUUCACGAGGUGGCAAGCCCAAGCCGCGUCCGGUGUCUCUUGGUCCAAUUUUCCACAAUUCAGGAGGUCAACCAGGUAUUCCUGGCAGUCUUCGCCGGAAAAUGUCGAAUGGAAGUGAUUCCUCAAGCAGUUUCAAACGCUCUUCUCCACGCGGAAAUCCCCACGCCAUGCGACGAACAAUGAGAGCCGGUGCUGCUGGUGCUAACGUCCAAGUGCAAUCUCCAACUGAACGCAACGAUUCUCCCCUUGGACAUCGUCCUCUUUCAUCUGGCUCCUCGAAUGGUACAAUGCGCAAGACUCUCCGAGAGCCUGCUGGCGGUGAGCGAUAUUCAUUCUUCUCGACGAACAAGAAGGCACCGGCGAGAGGGAAAUUCACCAAGGCGCCCCCUAAGUCGGCGCGUGCAACUCGGUUCGCAAAUUCAGAUGGCGAGGAUGAAGGCCCACCUCGGGUCUUCACCAGUCGAUUCGCAGAUUCCAGCGAUGAGGAGCCAGGAAGCAAUAAGUUGCGCCCUGUCCGCGGUAUCCCCCGUCGUGCCGACGACGGUGACUCGACAGAGUUGGAGGAUAGUUCAGAAGAGAGCGCCCACCAGCAAGUGCAUCCAGUGCUUGCAUCCCAGCCAGUGACAUCUUCACCCGGAUCCCACGGGAAAAACGCACCAAAUAUGUCUGGAAUGGCAGCUGUGGCCAAACAACGUGGCAUGUCGCAAAGAGACCUGGAGGAGUUCAUCAUGGCGCCUCCCCGUGGUCGGAAGACAGGACUGCUCACCCGCCUUGGCAUCAAGAAGUCCAAGAACCCGGAUAAUAGAGCUCGCGAAGCUGACGUCGAAAGCCCACUAGAGCGGUCGCCUCUGGAGCGCGAUCAAUUACGCAGCGAGGACAUGGUGAAUGGAAACCGCGGCAUCACCACAACCACAGUGUCUGCCGGGAAUACCGAGCCGACUCGCCCAUCCAGGCUGGUGAAGAGAAAUUCUAAACGCCAGUCGGUGGGAUCAACCCCUUGGCCCCUUCACCCCAAUGUUAGGGAAGAAGAGCAUCUCCAGCCAGUUAUAGAACAGCCAGACAGUGCCCAAUCGUCUGUCCUCCAAAUGCAAGACCCCGCGCGGCCAACAGAAGAUGCAGGUGCAGCACACAAUGGGAGCGCCUUUGUCAAUGGGAAUGGCACUCACAGUGCAUCCCCAAUUGCGAAGGAGCCCGAGAUACCCCGCAACGGACUAGAUCCGAACAAUGACAGUACCUCUGAAUUCACAAACCCCGAUGACCAUGGGCCUUCAGCGCGUGACAUCGUGAUCACUGGCUCGGGACGAAAGAAACGAUUUCCUCUUCUUCGGAAAGCAUUUGGUCUGCGCGGUUCAUAA